CCGGUGUCUCGGGCCCGCGGCGCGCACCCCACUCAGGGACCAAGCGGCCCUCCCCGCCCUCCCGGUCCGCGCGCGCAGCCAAUGGGCGUGGGACCCGCCCUCCCCGGAGCCCAGAGCUCGCAGCUCCGCCGGCGCCUGGUCCCAGCGCCCGCGGCGCCGCGUCCCCGGCCCAACCAUGGCGUCCUCCGCGGCCGGCUGCGUGGUGAUCGUUGGCAGGAAGUCUGAAACAGCAGUUGGAGUGUAGUGGUUAAGAGGAAGGACUCAGGAGUCAGAUUGCUUGGCUUCAUCUCAUAGAUCCAUCACUUAUCACCCUUGUGGACUUAAUUCCUCCAUGCCUCAGUUUAUCACUUAUGUAGGCUUAAUUCCUCCAUGCCUCAGUUUCCCUACAUAUAAAAUGGAAAUACUAAUAACACCUACCUUGUAGGGUUGUUGUAAAGAUUAACAUAGUGGAGUCAUUGGGCGAAGCUGGGCCAUGCUGUUUGCCAGUGGAGGCUUCCAGGUGAAACUCUAUGACAUUGAGCAACAGCAGAUAAGGAACGCCCUGGAAAACAUCAGAAAGGAGAUGAAGUUGCUGGAGCAGGCAGGUUCUCUGAAAGGCUCCCUGAGUGUAGAAGAGCAGCUGUCACUCAUCAGUGGUUGUCCCAAUAUCCAAGAAGCAGUAGAGGGCGCCAUGCACAUUCAGGAAUGUGUUCCAGAAGAUCUAGAACUGAAGAAGAAGAUUUUUGCUCAGCUAGAUUCCAUCAUUGAUGAUCGAGUGAUCUUAAGCAGUUCCACUUCUUGUCUCAUGCCUUCCAAGUUGUUUGCUGGCUUGGUCCACGUGAAGCAAUGCAUCGUGGCUCAUCCUGUGAAUCCGCCAUACUACAUCCCGCUGGUUGAGCUGGUCCCCCACCCGGAGACGGCCCCUACGACAGUGGACAGAACCCACGCCCUGAUGAAGAAGAUUGGACAGUGCCCCAUGCGAGUCCAGAAGGAGGUGGCCGGCUUCGUUCUGAACCGCCUGCAAUAUGCAAUCAUCAGCGAGGCCUGGCGGCUAGUGGAGGAAGGAAUCGUGUCUCCUAGUGACCUGGACCUUGUCAUGUCAGAAGGGUUGGGCAUGCGGUAUGCAUUCAUUGGACCCCUGGAAACCAUGCAUCUCAAUGCAGAAGGUAUGUUAAGCUACUGCGACAGAUACAGCGAAGGCAUAAAACAUGUCCUACAGACUUUUGGACCCAUUCCAGAGUUUUCCAGGGCCACUGCUGAGAAGGUUAACCAGGACAUGUGCAUGAAGGUCCCUGAUGACCCAGAGCACUUAGCUGCCAGGAGGCAGUGGAGGGACGAGUGCCUCAUGAGACUCGCCAAGUUGAAGAGUCAGGUGCAGCCCCAGUGAAUUUCUUGUAAUGCAGCUUCCACUCCUCUCAUUGGAGGCCCUAUUUGGGAACACUGCAAGCUCUUAAUCAGCCCUCUGUGACAUAGGUAGCAGCCCACGGAGAUCCUAAGCUGGCUGUCUUGUGUGCAGCCUGAGUGGGGUGGUGCAGGCCGGUAGUCUGCCCGUCACUUUGGAUCAUAGCCCUGGGCCUGGUGGCACAGCAGCACUUGCGUUCUCGGGGCUGUCGAUUUCCUGCCACCUGGGCAGAUAACCUGGAGAUUUUCACCUUUUCUUUUCAGCUUGAUUGCAUUUGACUAUAUUUUACAGCCAGUGAUUGUAGUUUCAUGUUAAUAUGUGGCAAAAUAUUUUUGUAAUUAUUUUCUAAUCCCUUUCUGAGUACUCUGGGGCCCUGCAUUUAUGAGGCACCUACCUUCAUUUUGCUAAUGCUUAUUCUGAAUAAAAGUUUUUGAUUCCUUAAAGA